AUGAUGAUGUCCAUUGCACACGGUUCGAAUGAUGUCGCCAACGCCGUCGGACCCUGGGCCGCUGUAUACAGCACAUACAACGCGGGUGUGGUGGAAACUGAAGCACCGACACCAGUCUGGUUCCUCGUUGUAGCUGGUUUACUUUUAGGUCUUGGAUUCUGGUUCUAUGGUUACAACAUCGUCCGCGCGCUUGGAAACAAGAUUACUCAGAUGUCUCCGACUCGUGGGUUCAGUGUUGAACUUGGUGCCGCUAUCACUGUACUAUUGGCUUCGCGUCUUGGUCUGCCCGUCUCCACUACCCAAUGCCUUACUGGUGCCUCUAUGGGUGUGGCUUUGAUGAAUUAUGAUCUCGGCGCCGUUAAUUGGAGACAGCUGGGUUUCAUUUUUGGUGGCUGGGUCCUGACCCUUCCUUGCGCGGGACUCAUUUCCGGAUCGAUCUGCUUGAUGGCCUUGAAUACACCUCAUUUAUAG